AUGAUACUAAUUGUUUUUGAAGCCAUUUCUGGUUUAAGCGUUAAUUGGAGGAAAAGUAACCUCUUUCCUAUUAAAGAAGUGGUGCAGAUGGAGGAACUAGCUGGUAUCUUGGGGUGUAAGGUAGACAAAUUACCAACAGUCUAUCUAGGCAUGCCAUUAGGCAACAAACACAAAGAAUUGAUUAUCUGGGAUAGGAUUUUGGAAAAGACGGAAAAGAAGUUGGCAAAUUGGAAGACACAAUACUUGUCUCUUGGAGGCAGACUCACUUUGAUAAAUGCAGUUCUGGACUUGCUUCCCACAUAUGUGAUGCCCCUAUUCCCUAUUCCAAUAAGUGUGGUCAAGAAGUUGGACCGAUUAAGAAGAAAUUUGCUUUGGUUUGGGAACAAGGAGGGAAAGGGGUAUCAUUUGGUAGAAUGGAAGACUGCACAAUUACACAAGGAGGUUGGUGGUUUAGCAGUCAGGAAUCUGAAACUGCAGAAUGAUUGCUUGCUCAUGAAAUGGUUAUGGAGAUUAAAUGGAAAUGAACAUGCUCUAUGGAAGGAGGACCUAUGGAUUGGACAAGAAGUUUUAAUGCAAGCUUUCCCUGAUCUGGCCAAUAUAUGCACUAACCUUGAGGUUACAGUGGCUGAUAGCUGGUCCCCACAGGGAUGGAACUUCUUCUUCAGGAGGCAUCUUAAUGACUGGGAAGUAGGAAGGUUUGUGGAGCUAUUGCAGAUGAUUGAUGGUUUCAAAGGCACCACUGUAGAGGAUGACACUUUUAGAUGGAAACAUGAUAAGGAUGGCAAGUUCUCUGUAGGUAGAAUUUAUAGGAAAGAGGUAUCCUGGAUGCCUGAGAACAAAAUAGGUCCUUGGAAGCAUGUAUGGAAAAGUAUGACUCCUACUAACGUCAAGUGCUUUGCUUGGUUAGUAAUCAGGAAAGCUUGCCUCACUCAUGAGAUCUUGCAGAAAAAGGGAUUGCCAAUUGUGUCCAGAUGCAUGUUAUGUAGUGACGUUAGAGAGACAAAUAACCAUCUGUACCUCCAUUGUAAAGUCACAUCUCAGCUUUGGACUAUGUUUCUUAGUUUAACAGAGACAAAAUGGUCAAUGCCAGAGCACACAGCAGACUUGUUAAGUUGCUGGAUUAGGAGAGGGGGAAGCAAGACACAGAAGAAGUGGUGGAGAAUAAUCCCACACUGUAUCUGGUGGACUAUCUGGAGGGAGAGGAAUGGAAGAAACUUUGACGAUAGAUUCAACAACAUUCAGAAAAUCAAAGAGAGCCGCAUAACAACUUUCUACUUUUGGUGUAAAGAACAUUGUAUAGAAAAUGCUGAAGAAUUAGUAGAUCUUUUAGGAUUACUGUAA